AGUAAGGUUUAUUAUUAAAUGAUUGAUGUGAGAUGAAGAGAAGAGGUAAUGUAUAAUUAAUUAAGGAGGAGAGAUCAUAUACAGUUGAUAAUGAUGGUGAAGAAGGUGAAGAGAGGAUUGUGGUCUCCUGAAGAAGACGAGAAGUUGAUAAAGUGUAUGAAGAGGAUGUUGAGUAGUGAUGGGGCGCAUUGUUGGAGCCGCGUGCCUAAAAUGGCGGGGCUAGAUAGAUGUGGGAAGAGUUGUAGGCUGAGGUGGAUAAAUUACUUGAGACCCGAUCUGAAGAGGGGUUGUUUCAGUGCAGACGAAGAAAGGACCAUCAUCGACGUCCACCGCAUCCUGGGCAACAGAUGGGCCCAAAUAGCCAAGCAUCUUCCCGGCAGAACCGACAACGAGAUUAAGAACUUUUGGAAUUCCUCCAUCAAGAAGAAGCUUCUUGCCCAAGGUCUUGAUCCCACUACCCAUAAUCUCCUCCCAGCUGCAUCAUCUACUACUACUACUACUCUUGUUUAUAAUCAUCAACUCCCACCAGUACCAAUUAUCAUUCCCGAAUCCUCUAUUGUUAGUAAUACUAACAUCAAUAUCUACUAUUCCUCCUCCAAUAACAAUACCUACGACUCUUCUGUUGCAGUGCCCAUACCCAUGAAUAAUUCUGAAUUAUCUGAACCUCAUCAUCAUCUGGGUAUGAUCAAUAAUAAUAUUGGUCAUUGCAGCGAGCGAUUGUUGCAGAGGAAUAUAUUGGAAGAUGAUGAUAAUGGUGUGGAUAUGCUUGCGGAAUAUCAGAUAGAUAGAGAAAUUAAUAAUGUAGUGAUGAUGCAGCAGCUACAACAUACCACGUGUCACACUGGUACUAGUGUUGCUGACUUCCCCGAUUUCGAUUUCUAUUUUGAGGACUCGGCGCUGAUGCCAAAUAUUCUCCCAAAUCCCCUCCUCACUAAUUACACUGCUUCGUCCAAUCAAUUUCAGUUUGCGUAG